UUCGAGAGGUGCGGAUCAUGAAGGGGCUCAACCAUCCAAAUAUUGUUCAGCUCUUUGAAGUGAUCGAGACAGAGAAAACGCUCUACCUUGUGAUGGAGUACGCCAGUGGUGGUGAGGUAUUUGACUACCUUGUAUCGCAUGGGAGAAUGAAGGAAAAAGAGGCACGUGGUAAAUUUCGUCAGAUUGUGUCUGCAGUUCAUUACUGUCAUCUGAAGAACAUUGUUCACAGGGAUCUAAAGGCAGAAAACCUCUUGCUUGAUGCCGACUCCAACAUCAAGAUUGCUGACUUUGGCUUCAGUAAUGAGUUCACUCUGGGCAGCAAACUGGACACGUUCUGCGGCAGUCCACCCUACGCCGCACCGGAGCUCUUUCAAGGGAAGAAGUACGACGGGCCAGAAGUGGACAUCUGGAGUCUGGGCGUGAUUCUCUACACACUGGUCAGCGGAUCACUACCCUUCGAUGGACAGAACCUCAAGGAGCUGCGUGAGCGCGUGUUGAGAGGGAAAUACCGUGUGCCGUUCUACAUGUCCACUGACUGUGAAGGUAUCCUGCGCCGCUUUCUUGUGCUCAACCCCACCAAACGCUGCACCCUGGAGCAAAUCAUGAAGGAUAAGUGGAUCAAUGUCGGGUAUGAAAGUGAUGAACUGAAGCCUUAUAUAGAGCCUGUGGAGGAUUAUAAUGACAUCAGCCGUGUUGAUGUAAUGGUAGGAAUGGGUUACUCGCGAGAUGAAAUCAAAGAUGCUCUGACCACCCAGAAGUACAAUGAGAUAUUCGCCACAUAUCUGCUUUUAGGUCGCAAGAAUGAGGAUGGCACGGAGUCCCGGUCGAGCAGCAGUCUUUCCCUAGCACGUGUGCGGCCCAGUGCAAUUACCAACGGCACCAGCAAACACUCAUCCACCUCCUCGUCCAGCUCCACCUCUGCCUCCAGUCACACUAAACCCCAGCGCAGCGCCUCCACCUACCACCGCCAGAGGAGACACAGCGACUUCUGUGGGCCGUCAGUGCCAGUAGCCCAUCCAAAGCGCAGCCCCACGAGUACAGGAGAAGGGGAUCUGAAGGAGGAACGUCUGCCCUCGAGGAAGACCAGCAGCAGUGUGGUAGGCAGUCGCAGCAUCCCUCCAUCCAGCCCUAUGGUCAGCACCGCCAACAACCCCAACAAGUCUGAGAUACCGGAUCGCCGCAAGGACAUCAAUGCAACAACGAACAACAUCCCUGCCAGUGCCAUGACCCGUAGAAACACUUACGUGUGUACGGAUCGCACCGGCACCGACAGACACUCCUUACUCCAGAAUGGGAAAGAAAACAGCUCUUUGUCACAUCGAUUACCUCCAGCUUCCCCGUCCACCCACAGCAUUUCUGGUGCCGGGGCCUCCAGCUCCACUUCAUCUGAACGUUCUCGGCUGACGAGGGGCUCCACCAUCCGCAGCACCUUUCAUGGGGGCCAGCUCCGGGACCACCGGCCUCCCACCCACGCACCUCCCACCUCACCCACCCUUUCCCAUGAAGCCAGCCCUCUGCCACACUCCCGUAGCCGUGCCACCACAAACCUGUUCACUAAGCUGACCUCUAAACUUACCCGCAGGGUCAAUCUUGACCCCUCUAAGCGCCAGAGCUCAAACAAGUCAGUCUCGGGCUGCACUCUGCCACAGGGAUCAAAAACAGUUAGGUCACAGACGAACCUGAGAGAGUCUGCAGAUCUCCGGUCACAAGCUACAGAUACAGCUACAAAAAGUCAGGCUAAAAAACACAGUCGCUAUCUAUCUGGGUAUCAAAAAGCGACAGAGCCCCGGACCCCCCGAUGCGGCUGGGAUGUGAGAGUGCGGAGCCCACGGGACCCGGCUGAGGUGGUUCUGGCUCUGCGGGAGGCGGCGCAGGGCUGCGGUUGCCAGGUCCACCAAGCCGGGCCCUUCCUCCUCUCCUGCACCCAUGGUGCCGCCGGUUCCCGUGUUGCCUUCGAAGCGGAGGUGUGCCAGCUGCCCAACGGCCCCACCGAGACCAGCGGUGUUCGAUUUAAGCGCUUAUGGGGGGCACCGCUCGCCUUUCGGGACAUCGCCGCCAAAGUGUCCAAAGAACUUGAACUCUGAGGGCGACAGGGGGUGGAGGGCAGGGACAAAAGCAUAGGACAGGACGAUGGGAUUAGUGAAAGUAGCCCCGCUCACACCCCCGCUCCCUCUAAGCCUACAAAGACUGGCACACACACAUUGAGAACUGGGCAUCUGCUCACACAAAAGCCCUGCUGAAGGAACUCCUUUUACCGGGUCUGUUUUACCGCUGAUAUUACCUGGUAUCUUAGCCAUGUUAUUUUUAACACCCAUUUUUUGUCACAUGGUCACUCUAUACAUUGUCAUUCCUUUUUAACUGCUGCUAUUUAACUCAUUUUUGAUUUCAAUUCUUCUGCUGCACCGGCAGGGAGGAGGAUGUUUUAUUUGAUCCUUUAAAUAACCAUUUUCACAAACAAACACCUGUGAACGCCAUUUCCAAUCGUAGACUACAUGCGGAGCCUCUGAUAAUGCUGAAAGUGAUAGCAAUUUCUCAGCAUAUUCUUUUUUUUAAUUAUCUUCCUUGUUGGUUGUUUGUUUUAGCCAUCAAACUUGCCAGUGGUGCAGGUUGAGUAGGUGAUGUCUGCUUUCCUGAGCCUCUUUGUUUUUAGAUUCAUCAUAUUUACAUGGUCACAUCGUAGCACUUUAGGGCUGAGUGAGCAACACCACCUGUUUUAAAGCAGUUCUCCCUUCAAAUGGUGCAAUUUUAUCCCCGUUGAGCCAAGUCGAGACACAACGCUCUUUGUGUUGCUCUUGUACGUGUUGUACGCUGAUGAGAAACCUCUGUUAUUUUGCCAGAAGUGCACUCUGCUGAAUGGCCGCAAACAGACUGUUGACUUUGUUUAUCUUCGAUUUGAAAUAGCAAGUCCUCAUCGUCAAGAUUGGAAUAUGUCUGAGCUGUGCAAUGUGAGAAAAUGCAAGAAUGAUUAAUACAACAUUUGUCUGAAAUCCA